UACGCAUGCGCAGCCCGUGUUUAGUUUUCUCCAACCUGAGGAUCUGACUGAUGUGCCGCUGCGCUAGCAAACCCAUCGGUGCCGGUUUCGCGUCCUCUUUUUUUGAGAGAAACAGCGAGGGCUUUUUGUUUUUGUUGUUCCUUCUCCCUCUUCCUCUGCGGGGAGUCCGAGGAUAGACCGCCGCACACUGCUGUCAGCGAAGGCCACGUUCGAAGGCGUUCAUAUUUCUAUUUUUUUUGCUGCCGGGGGGGGGGGAUAGACCAGUGGGAUCAACAACAGUUCAAAGUACUUGCUCAAUCCGACCCCCACCAGUAGUCAAGGAAAACCCCCUUCCACUUCUCAACCUUCACGCCACAUCCAUGUUGCCCGCGGCAGCCUUCUUAACGGCUCCGGGUCAAACCACAACACCGCGACCCCUUCGUUCUUCCGCGGCGGAGAUCCGGCUAAAUUUGUAAGCGGGGUUCGUGCGAAGGAACCGCCGCACGUUGCGACAUAACAUCGCGCCGGCGUGUCAGGCUGUGGAGGUUUGUUUACGCGUUAAAAUGGCUGCUGGGGUGGCAUUCGGAAGGGAGAGAGGGUCCCGAUUCAACGCAGUAACGUUUCGUUACUCCGCCGAGGCCAAACGGCCAAUUAGCUACGCAUGCUAACACAUUACGUGCUAGCGAGUUAGCCCGCUCAGAUAGCUUACAUUUUUUUGGUAGGUUCUUCUUUACUACAAGAGUGAAGGGAAUCCCUACCACUCCACAUAUAAUCUAUAAUACAUGCGAGUAAACGGGCAAACUAUUGAGGGCUAACGUGACGUUAUCCUAGCCACCGAGCGCAGCCUAGCCUGGAUGCAGAUAUGCGCACUAUUCCGCUAAGUAUGCAGGACUUCUGUGUUCCAAGUGAAACAGCCUGAGCAACCGAAUCCCCUAAAACCAAAAGGCAUAAAGGGCCCCGGGUCUUUUACUCUGGUUUGGUCAAACCCGGGCGAUUAAAAAAUGCAUCCGGGGGGCAAAUGUAAGACGGAACUCUUCAUUGUUGGAGCCAGACCCGCCACCCGCGGCGACCUGGGGGGCAUCAACAGAUACCUGGUGGCCUACGUCCUGUUUUACUUCGUGCUGGUCACCCACGCGACCCCGGCGAAGCCCUGCGACAAGAACUGUCUCUCUGGGAAAUGUGUCAACGGAUCCUGCGUCUGCGAUCGAGGAUGGGUCGGGGACCAGUGCCAGCACUGCCAGGGGAGGUUCAAGUUGACGGAGCCCUCGGGAUACCUCACCGAUGGUCCAAUCAACUACAAGUUCAAAACAAAGUGCACCUGGCUCAUCGAGGGCUAUCCAAAUGCGGUUCUUCGGCUGAGAUUUAACCACUUUGCCACAGAAUGUGGUUGGGACCACAUGUACGUCUAUGACGGCGACUCCAUAUAUGCCCCCCUGGUUGCUGUGUUCAGCGGCCUCAUCGUGCCUGAGAUCAGAGGAAAUGAGACGGUUCCUGAGGUUGAGACCACUUCGGGCUACGCACUACUACAUUUUUUCAGCGACGCGGCCUACAACUUGACCGGCUUUGAAAUAUUUUACUCGGUCAACUCUUGCCCCAACAACUGCUCCGGCCACGGGAAGUGCACCCCCGGCAACUCCGCCGCCAGCCGAGUGUACUGUGAAUGCGACAAGUACUGGAAAGGCGAGGCCUGUGACAUCCCGUACUGCAGGAACAACUGCGGCAGCCCAGACCACGGCUACUGCGACCUCACCGGAGAGAAGCUGUGUGUCUGCAACGACAGCUGGCAAGGCCCGGACUGCUCGCUGACGGUGCCUUCGACCGAGUCCUUCUGGGUGAUACCGAACGUCAAGCCCUUCGGCACGUCGCUCGCCAGAGCUUCCCAGAAGGCCGUGGUGCACGAAAAGGUCAUGUGGGUGGUGGGUGGAUACACCUUCAACUACAGCUCCUUCCAGAUGAUUCUCAACUACAACUUGGAAAGCGGCAUCUGGAACACAGUUCCCAUCAACAGCGGCCCUGUGCCACGAUACGGACACUCACUUGCUGCCUACCAGGAUGAUAUCUAUAUGUUUGGUGGGAAGCUGGAGGCGGGCUGGGGCAACGUGACGGACGAGCUGUGGGCGUUCAACGUGCCCACUCGCACAUGGCAGCGGAGAAACCCUGCGGUUGGCCCCCAGGCUCAGAUCUACGCUGUGGAGGGUCAUUCAGCCCACUGCAUUCUGCUGGAGGAGGGCGAGGCCAUUAUGCUGGUCAUCUUUGGCUACUCUCCCAUCUACAGCCAUGUCAGCAGCGUUCAGGAGUACAACUUGAGGUCCAACACGUGGCUGGUCCCGGAGACGAAGGGCGCCGCUCCCCAGGGAGGUUACGGCCACAGCAGCACGUACGACGGCGCCAGCGGCAGCGUGUUUGUUCACGGGGGCUACAAGGCGCUGCCCGCCAAGAAAUACGGCCUCGUCGACGACCUCUACCGCUACGACGUCAACACCCGGACGUGGUUCAUCCUGAGAGAGAGCGGCUUCCCGCGGUACCUGCACUCGGCCGCGCUGCUCAGCGGCACCCUGCUGGUCUUUGGCGGGAACACGCACAACGACUCGUCCCUCAGCAACGGCGCCAAGUGUUUCUCCGCCGACUUCCUCGCCUACGACAUCGCGUGUGAUGAGUGGCGGCUCCUUCCUAAACCCGACCUGCACAGGGACGUCAACCGCUUCGGUCACUCUGCUGUGGUCAGCAACGGGUCCAUGUAUGUGUUCGGGGGCUUCUCCGGCGUGCUGCUCAACGACGUGCUCGUUUACCGCCCCCCCAGCUGUCGGGCCUUCUCGGCGGAGGACGCGUGUGUGAACGCCGGGCCAGGGGUCCGCUGCAUCUGGAGCAGAGGCCGCUGUCUCUCCUGGGAACCCAGCAUGGCUAACGGCAGCCUUGGUCCCGCCCCGUUCUGCCCCACUAAAGCUGUCACGGUGGACGAGCGGUGCUACCGCUUCUCCGACUGCGCCAGCUGUACAGCCAACACCAACGGAUGCCAGUGGUGUGAUGACAAGAAGUGCCUCUCCGCCUCCAGCAACUGCACCUCAAACGUGAGGAACUUCACAGAGUGUCCAGUGCGGAACGAGCACGUGUGCAGCAAGCUCGCUAAUUGCAAGAGCUGCUCGCUGAACGUCAACUGUCAGUGGGACCAGAAUCAGUCGGUGUGUCACGCUUCGCCGGCCCAGCAGUGCAGUGAAGGAUGGAGCCAGGUGGGGGAAGCCUGCCUGAGGAUCAACUCCAGCCACGAGAGCUACGACAACGCCCAGCACUACUGCAAAAACCUCAACGGGAACAUCGCUUCACUCACCACCUCCAAACAAGUGGACUUUGUGCUGGAGGAAUUGGAGAAGCUCCAGCAACAAGACAAGCGGCUGUCUCCCUGGGUGGGCCUGAGGAAAAUCAACGUGUCGUACUGGGGUUGGGAGGACAUGUCUCCCUUCACCAACAGCAGCCUGCGCUGGCUGCCCGGCGAGCCCAGCGACUCGGGUUUCUGUGCGUACCUGGAGGAGCCGCAGGUGUCCGGCCUCAAGGCCAAUCCGUGCACGGCCGCGGCCCGCGGCCUCAUCUGUGAAAAAGCCACCGGAAACCCCAAUCAGAGUACCCGGCCUGCCUGUAAGAAGCCCUGCUCGCUGCACACCAACUGUGCCAACUGCACCAGCCAUUCCAUGGAGUGCAUGUGGUGCGGCAGCACGCAGCGCUGUGUCGACUCCACCACCUACGUCAUCUCGUUCCCCUACGGCCAGUGUCUGGAGUGGCAGACUCUCGACUGUGUGGCCCAGAACUGUUCGGGCCUGCGGACGUGCUCCCAGUGCCUGGAGCAGCCCGAGUGCGGCUGGUGCGGCGAUCCCAGCAGCACGGGGAAGGGGCUCUGCACCGAGGGGUCCUACCGGGGGCCGAUGAAGAGACCGCUGAAGCAGGGCCAGCUGAUCCCGUCCGGGGACAUGAUCCUGGACCCGGGCGUCUGCCCCAAGGACAAGGGCUACGAGUGGGCCUUCAUUCACUGCCCGGCGUGCCAAUGUAACGGCCACAGCACGUGUGUGAACGGCAGUGUGUGCGAGCAGUGCCGCAACCUCACCACUGGUCCUCAGUGCCAGACCUGCAUGCCCGGUUACCAUGGAGACCCGACCAAUGGCGGCAAAUGCCAAGCCUGCAAGUGCAAUGGUCAUGCCAAUGUGUGCCAGGUGUUAACCGGCAAGUGCUUCUGCACCACCAAGGGGAUCAAAGGGGACCAGUGCCAGCUAUGUGACUCAGAAAACCGUUACCUUGGCAAUCCACUCAGAGGGACCUGUUACUACAAUCUCCUGAUCGACUACCAGUUCACCUUCAGCCUCAUCCAAGAAGAUGAUAAUCACUACACCGCCAUCAACUUCAUGGCCUCACCUGAGCAGGCCAACAAGAACUUGGACAUGUCCAUUAAUGCCUCCAACAACUUUAACCUCAACAUCACCUGGUCGGUGGGAUCAACAGCUGGGACCAUUUCCGGGGAGGAGGUGCCCAUCGUGUCCAAAACCAACAUCAAGGAAUACAGAGACAGCUUCUCCUGUGAGAAGUUCACCUUCAGGAGCAACCCGAACAUCACCUUUUACGUCUACGUCAGUAACUUCUCAUGGCCCAUCAAGAUCCAGAUCGCCUUCUCCCAGCACAACAGCAUCAUGGACCUCGUCCAGUUCUUCGUGACGUUUUUCAGUUGUUUUCUAUCGCUACUGCUGGUGGCUGCAGUGGUGUGGAAGAUCAAACAGACCUGCUGGGCGUCGAGACGCAGAGAACAACUGAUGAGGGAGCGCCAGCAGAUGGCCAGCCGUCCGUUCGCCUCCGUUGCGGUCGCACUGGAUUCCAGAGGAGAAGAAACCGAACUGCUGCAGCCUGUGGUCGAUGGUGCACCCAAGCCGGUUGCGAUGGAGCCGUGUUCGGGGGGUAAAGCUGCUGUGUUGACGGUGCUCAUGCGUCUUCCCUCCGGGCUCUCAGACCUACCCCCGCCAGGACAGUCAGGCAUCAUCGUCGCGAGUGCGUUGAUAGACAUUUCGCAGCAGAAGCCAUCCGACUUUAAGGAGAAGUCGCAGGGUUUUAAGAGCCGGAAAGCGCUCCCUCCAGCACACCAAGGCACCUGCGUCUGAACCUCGGCCCGUCCAUCCAUUCGGGUCCCUCCUUCUUCUUUUUCUUUUUUUUCCUAUUUUUUUUAAUGCCACCCUGAGGGCGCAUUGCUCCGAUAUGCAGCAGCCCCCGGGUUGGAGGUCUUUUCCAGAGACGAGACACGGACGAGACGAGAGGACAAAAAGCUUUUUUUUUUACUUCUCCGCUCUCACCUACAUAGAUCGACUGGAACAACCCUUCCCUUUGGGGGGGGGGG